CCCUCCCAGACCCAGCGGUCAAACACCUAGCAGCAGCCGGUAGGCACGGCGGACGCGCACCGGCGCGAGCGGCAAGUGCCGAGGGAGCGCCGGGCAGCUUGUUCCCGCGUGGGCGAAGCCCACCAGCCGACCCCGCCGCAUGUCCGCGCAGGUAGGUUGGGUGGCAGCAGGCCUGGGCGCCUGGGCCGCUGGCCGUGGUCAGCACCCGGCAGCGGCGGGUUCACUGGGCACGGGCAGCACCGCCCCAUGACGGCAGGAGCAGGGCACCGGCGCCAAGCGGCACCACAGGGAUCGGGACAGUUCAACCGCCAGGUCACACGCUUGCCAGCACUGAUCGUCAUGGAGAACAAGGCGGGAACAGAGGAAGCCCUGCUCCUGUCGCGCCCCGAGAACACGGUCGCGGCGGAGGCCAAGCGGCUGCUGCGGCUGGCGGGGCCCCUGGUGGCCAGCUGCAUCCUGCAGAACGUCGUCCAGCUGGUGUCCGUCAUGUUCGUCGGCCACCUCGGCGAGCUUCCCCUCGCCGGGGCCUCCCUGGCCAGCUCCCUCGCCAACGUCACCGGCUUCAGCCUGCUCGCCGGCAUGGCGAGCGCGCUGGACACUCUGUGCGGGCAGGCCUUCGGGGCGCGGCAGUACGGCCUCCUCGGCGUGUACAAGCAGCGCGCCAUGCUGGUGCUCGCGCUCGCCUGCGUCCCGAUCGCCGUCGUCUGGGCCAACGCCGGCCAGAUCCUCGCCCUCAUCGGCCAGGAUCACGACAUUUCGGCGGAGGCCGGGGCUUACUCCCGGUGGCUGAUACUGUGCCUGGUUCCCUACGUCCCGCUCGUGUGCCACGUCCGGUUCCUGCAGACGCAGAGCAUCGUCGUGCCAGUGAUGGUCAGCUCCGGCGUCACGGCGCUGAGCCAUGUCUUCGUGUGCUGGGCGCUGGUGUUCAAGGCCGGCAUGGGGAGCAAAGGCGCCGCACUGAGCAACGCCAUCGCCUACUGCGUCAACCUGGCCAUGCUAGCUCUCUAUGUGAGGCUGUCAGGCGCGUGCACGAGGACAUGGACUGGAUUCUCCACCGAGGCUUUCAAAGAGCUGCGCCGGUUCACUGAUCUCGCCGUCCCUUCAGCGAUGAUGGUCUGCUUGGAGUGGUGGUCAUUUGAACUGCUUGUGUUGCUCUCUGGUCUUCUGCCCAAUCCUAAGCUUGAAACCUCGGUACUGUCGAUAUGUCUCAACACGGGUGCUCUGAUGUUCAUGAUACCCUUUGGUCUCUGUACAGCCAUAAGCACACGAGUUUCGAAUGAACUCGGCGCGGGUAAGCCCCAAGCAGCGAAGCUGGCAACUCGAGUGGUCAUGUGUAUCGCCUUGUCUGCAGGUUUGCUGCUAGCCUCUACCAUGAUUUUGCUACGCAAUCUAUGGGGCUAUAUGUACAGCAACGAACCUGAAGUUGACACAUACAUUGCGAAAAUGAUACCGGUUCUCGCCAUAUCAUUCUUCACGGAUGGGCUUCACAGUUCCUUAUCUGGAGUACUGACUGGAUGUGGUGAGCAGAAGAUCGGCGCACGUGUUAAUCUCGGUGCGUUCUACUUGGCCGGCAUUCCCAUGGCCGUGUUGCUUGCAUUUGUCCUCCAUCUUAACGGAAUGGGUCUUUGGCUUGGCAUUGUCUGUGGCAGCCUCACCAAGCUUGUGUUGCUCACGUGGAUCACACUGCGGAUAAACUGGGACAGUGAGGCAAUCAAGGCAAAAGAAACGGUGUUCAGUUCUUCUCUUCCCAUAGCAUGACAGCGUUAUAUGCAAACAGGACGGAUAAAACCAUAAUGGCGUCAUUGCACAGACAUUGGGGACACAUUUUCUCUAAGUUAGCAAGUAGUAAUCAUAAGUUAUUAUUCAAUACCCCAACGGGAUAUUUUUGUUAGUGCCUCUAUUUAUCGGAGAGGUUUGAUUCGCUGUAACUUCUCCAAAACAAGCAAAAUUUAAUAUCUUUAUUUAUUUGAAUAUAUCCAGUGUUUCACGUUGAA